UUGAAUGAGCCGCCGUGCUGGGUCGGAGCGGGAGGCAUCGCGCGCCACCUCGGCCAUGGCUACUCCGCUGUCCGGCCGCUCGGCCGGCGGCCCUGGCACCCCGCUCUCCCCGACUCGCAUCUCCCGGCUGCAGGAGAAGGAGGAGCUGCGCGAGCUGAACGACCGCCUGGCCCACUACAUCGACCGGGUUCGCUCGCUGGAGCUGGAGAAUGACCGGCUCUUGCUCAAGGUCUCCGAGAAGGAGGAGGUGACCACCCGCGAGGUGAGUGGAAUCAAGACCCUUUAUGAGUCCGAGUUGGCAGAUGCCCGGCGAGUCCUCGACGAGACUGCCAGGGAGAGAGCCAGACUGCAGAUUGAAAUAGGCAAAUUAAGAGCGGAGCUCGAAGAGGUCAAUAAAAACUACAAGAAGAAAGAUGGAGAACUGUCCGUAGCCCAAGGUCGCGUGAAGGACCUAGAGUCCCUGUUCCACCGGAGCGAGGCUGAGCUCACCGCCGCUCUCAGUGACAAACGCAACCUGGAAAACGACGUGGCUGAGCUGCGGGCUCAGCUUGCUAAGGCAGAAGAUGGGCACGCGGUGGCUAAGAAGCAGCUGGAAAAGGAGACGCUGAUGCGGGUGGACCUGGAGAAUCGUUGCCAGAGCUUACAAGAAGAGCUGGAUUUCCGGAAGAACAUAUUUGAGGAGGAGGUGCGAGAGACCAGGAAGCGGCACGAGCGCCGCCUGGUUGAGGUCGAUUCUAGUCGUCAGCAGGAAUAUGAAUUCAAAAUGUCCCAGGCCCUGGAGGAUCUUCGCAACCAACACGAUGAGCAAGUUAAGAUUUACAAGAUAGAGCUGGAGCAGACCUACCAGGCUAAGCUGGAGAAUGCCAAACUCGCCUCUGACCAAAACGACAAGGCUGCCAGCGCAGCCCGGGAGGAACUGAAGGAAGCUCGCGUGAGGAUGGAGUCUCUCAGCUAUCAGCUUUCUAGCCUGCAGAAACAGGCAAGUGCGGCAGAAGAUCGCAUCCGGGAGCUGGAGGAGAUGUUGGCUGGAGAGCGGGACAAGUUCCGGAAGUUGCUGGACUCCAAGGAGAGGGAGAUGACUGAAAUGCGGGACCAGAUGCAGCUGCAGCUUGCCGAGUACCAGGAGCUCCUCGAUGUCAAGCUGGCCCUGGACAUGGAGAUCAACGCUUACCGGAAACUCCUUGAGGGAGAGGAGGAGAGGCUGAAGCUGUCUCCAAGCCCGUCGUCCCGUGUGACGGUCUCCCGCGCUACCUCCAGCAGCAGCAGCAGCACUUCAGCCAUUCGCUCUUCUCGCAGCAAGAGAAAGCGCAUCGAGAUGGAAGAGCACCUGGGUAGCGGCACCAGCGGCAUCGGCACGGGCAGCGGUGCCAGCAGCAGUAGUUUCCAGCUGUCCCAGCAAGCGUCUGCCACCGGCAACAUCAGCAUCGAGGAAGUGGACCUGGAGGGAAAGUUUGUCCAGUUGAAGAACAACUCUGAAAAGGAUCAAUCUCUGGGGAACUGGCGACUGAAGAGGCAGAUUGGAGAAGGAGAAGAAAUUGCCUACAAGUUUACUCCUAAAUACGUUCUCCGGGCCGGACAGACCGUCUCGAUCUGGGCCGCGGAGGCAGGGGUGGUUCACAGUCCACCAUCCGUCUUGGUGUGGAAGAACCAGGGCAGCUGGGGCACCGGAGGAAAUAUCCGGACAUACCUUGUCAAUGCUGAUGGAGAGGAAGUUGCAGUGCGAAGUGUGACCCAGUCAGUGGUGGUGCGGGAGAAUGAGGAGGAGGAGGAGGAGGAGGAGGAUGAAGUGGAGUUUGGCGAAGAAGACCUUUUCCAUCAACAGGGAGACCCCCAGGCAACCUCCCGUGGCUGUGCGGUGAUGUGAGCCCCACCCCAUCAUUACUAAUCUUUCUUUAUCCUGCUAAGUUGAUUUUUUUUUUUUCCAUCUCCAGAACCACUGAAAACUAUUUUUAUAUCAUUGGAUCUCUUUACUCCAUGGUACAUUUUAGAAAAGAAUUUUAAACAAGCAAAACUGCCAGCAA